GAUAACCAACAGCACCUUAUUUGAUGCAGUCGGCGGUCACCGUUUUUCAAGAACAUUGGAUCUCCUGUCCAAGAAACAAGGAAUCACCACCGCCCCCGGAGACGCCGACGUUUUUUGACGCCGGUGCCUACGCCACUUCACUCCAUCUCCCCUACUUCACCUCAACAACCCGAUGCGCACCAUGAAGCGGGGCCCCAGAUUCUCUCCAGCGGUGGGCAUCGUCGUUUUGGCCAUAGGUUACAUAUACUGCUCCACCGUAUUCAUUUUCAUAGAACGGUGGUUUGGUCUCAUGACGUCUCCCGGAAUCAUGAAUGCCGUAGUUUUCACAGCCGUCGCCCUCAUGUGUGUUGUUAACUACGCCGUUGCUAUCUUCACGGAUCCGGGUCAGGUCCCAUCCACCUACAAACCCGACAUCGAAGAUUCCGAACAACCUAUUCACGAGAUCAAGCGCAAGGGAGGGGACUUGAGAUACUGUCAAAAGUGUUCGCACCAUAAACCUCCUCGCGCUCAUCAUUGCCGUGUGUGCAAUAGAUGUGUUUUGAGAAUGGACCACCAUUGUGUUUGGAUAAAUAAUUGUGUUGGCCACGCGAACUAUAAGGUCUUCUUCGUCUUCCUUGUGCAUGCUGUAAUUGCAUGCAUUUACUCCCUGGUUUUGCUUGUGGGUAGCCUCACUAAUGACCCACAAAUGGAAGAGCAUCAAAGUGGCGGCCCCUUCAGAACUGUAUAUGUCAUUUCCGGGCUGUUGCUAGUCUCCUUAAGUGUGGCUCUUGGUCUUCUUUUAGGUUGGCAUAUUUACCUAAUUUUGCAAAACAAGACCCAUAUCGAGUACCAUGAAGGAGUGAGGGCCAUGUGGCUUGCGGAGAAAGGAGGCAAUGUCUGGAAGCAUCCAUAUGAUAUUGGUGUCUAUGAAAAUCUGACUUCGGUACUAGGUCCAAAUAUCUUCUGCUGGGUUUGCCCCUCAUCAAGCCAUAUUGGCUCCGGUCUUCGUUUCCGCACAUCCUACAAUGCUAGAACUGUGGCAUCAACAUGAAAAAUCAACUUUCAGUCUUUUUCCAGUUGUUGCAUACUUGCAUCAGCUUAGGAAUUGCUAGAUAUAUUUUGGUCUGAAGUGUGGAUGACAUCUGAUCAUGCGAAACUAUCUGGCUAACCCUCCCUUUAGCUCUAGAUGGUUCAAGGAGAGAAGGCCAUUUCUUCAUCAUUGGGCUUUACUAAUGAGUUGCCAGAGUCUAGCAGUUCUGAAAGCUGUUGAAUAUAUAAGCCGUUGAACUGAGUGGAGAGCUGAUCCACAAACAUACAAAGGAUAGGUAGGAUUUGUUCUUCUCUUCCUGACCAUUCUUCCCCCUGUUUUCCUUUUACAAGUUACCCUCCCUUUUGGUAUGUAUGAGAGGAGUAAGAUAGGGGGAUUGUAUACAUACACGUUGAAUGAAAUAGGUUGCUUAUGUACAGAGGAUUUAUGAAUUUAUGUUGAAGGCACGAUCACUCUGUAGAUUACUGGCUUGUCCCCGUGACUCUGAGUUGUAACUUGUAAGUCUUGUAAUGAAAAAUAAGAUUUCUUUUUUUCGUUC